AUGCGUCGCUCACUUCUGAUGUUCGUCCUGCUGUCCGCGACCGUUUCGGAGGCGAUUGCAGGUCCCUCCAGGGAGCUUCGCGAACGUCGUGACAACAAGUACGGCGACGAACUUGUCACUCCCGCUUCCAACGGCCGUCCUUCUCCAGCUCUUCGACUUCAGGCCGAGGUUUUUUAUUACGUUGAUGAAGACUUCAUCCACGUUGAAUUCAUUUCCUGCAACUACAAAAAAUAGAAAAUUUAUGUUUAUUUUAUGCUUUUUUUUUGAGUAACCGAGGUAAUCAAAAAAAAAUUAGGAAUUUCAUUUUACUUUUGAUUAUGGCUCCUUGGAAUGGUCUCUUGGAAAGGGCAAAACAAUCGUAUCAGAUCAAAAACUUGGAAGUUUCGAUCUGCAAAAUUUUUUAGAGCCAAAAUAUAAAACUUUGAAGACUUCAAAUUUGAAGUUGCUAACAUUAUUGCUGUAUCGAUUAAGGCAGAAAUCGUUCGAAAUUAUUUGCUUAGUUGACUCUCUGGUAACCUGAGUAGAGUGUAUGAACUUAUCAACUCUGAUUCUGUUAUUAAGAGAAGUUACUGGAACGCGAAAUUUCAGUUUUCGCCCUGGAAUUUUGUUAGUCGGUCCACUGUAAAGAUGACGUAAAGAAAAUCGCCUUGAAUUCGGCGCCUGUUAUUAUCAGUUUUCUUAUUUUCGAAUCAACAAUUGGUCGUCGCUGUGGUGAACGGCCCUGUCUUGAAGUUUUCAUCGGAAAAAUUUUGUCUGGGAGAAUCCAAAACGUUUUGACCUUUUGAAAAACGAUUUUAAUUGUUUUUUUCCACUUUCAGAUUAAAAUCUCUAAAGAAGUUUUUAUUUCAGUCUUGUAUAGUCCGUGUGCCACGACUUGGAAUUUCACCGAACGACAUUCCGCUGUUCCGCUGCGUCGCGAAGCGUCUUUGCGAGCCUCGGUCUCGCUUUGAAUUGGUUCCCAUUUCUGAUAGAUGGACUGUUCCCCUAGGAACACGUGGUGGUCGAGUUCUCAAAUCAGAUAGAAAAUUCAAGGCGCGCAAAGGCACGCAGCGGAACAGCGGAAUGUCGUUCGGUGAAAUUCCAAUUCAUGGUACACAGACUAUAGAACGUAUGAGAAAUGAAACAUUUAAAAAAAUUUCAAUAAAAUGGGAAAAAAAUAAACAGAACUUAACUAUUAUUUCUCAGAAGGGAAAUAAACAGAACUUAACUAUUAUUUCUCAGAAUUGUUUUCAAGAAAGGGAAAAAGUCUGACCCAGCCAACUAUAGACCUAUUUCGCUAACCCAUCCUUUGGCAAGAGUUCUGGAAAAAAUACUAUCGAACCACUUUAAAAUGACCUUUCGCUAUUCCUUUUCUGAUAAACAAUCCGGAUUUCUCAACAAUCGAUCCUGCAAACUUGCCCUACUCGACUGUGUUUCCAAUUGGAAAGCACUGCUCAAGGAACGUAGAUUUAUUGACGUUAUUUAUUUUGAUUUCCGAAAAGCGUUCGAUAAUGUCCCUCAUAACCUUUUGUUUGACAAGCUUAGAGCUUUUGGGCUCAACUCUCAACUAGUUGGUUGGUUCGAAAAUUUUCUUUCCGAACGUCAAUCUUGGGUUUUAUUGGAUGGACACGUUUCUUUCGACAGUUUUAGUAUCAAAUCUGGUGUACUCCAGGGGACUGUUACGGGGCCUCUCUUGUUUUUAAUCUUCAUAAAUGAUCUAGCUGCAAAUUUCAGUGAUGACGUCUCUAGUUAUCUAUUCGCUGAUGAUCUUAAAAUUUUCUCCUCUGACCCAAUUGCUCUUCAAAAUGCAAUCAACCAACUUGCUAUGUGGUCCGAAACAUGGGGACUCCCAUUAGCUGAAAACAAAACUGUAGCUCUAUCUAGGCAGAUCAAAUCCUAGGACAGUUUAUACAAUUAAAGGCACUUUUAUUAGUUCUUCCGAAGUUGUCAGAGAUCUUGGAGUCAUGGUGGACAGUUCCCUACUUUUCAAAUCUCACAUUUCAAAAGCAGUUAACACCUCUUUGCUCAAAAGUAAACAAAUUCUGAAAAGCUUUCGUUGUCUCACAAUUCAACAGUAUAAUAUGGUUUUCAACCUAUUCGUGAAGCCUCAUCUCGACUACUGCAGUGACGUUUUCUAUCCCGCAAUAAAUUCCGAACAGGCAUAUCUACUCGAAAAAAACCUUAUAGGUAUUUCACUAGAGAAAUUUUUCAUGCGCAGAAACUUAAGAUUCAAUUCAUAUUCUGAAAGAUUGCUCAAGCUCGAAACUAAUGCUUUGUACAGAAGGAGACUCAAUCUUGCACUCUGCACACUUCACAAAAUUGUCCUCAAGAUAGAUCAUUUUCCAAGCGCUCACAGGUUUUUCAGAAUCUCUCAUUCGGGUCGACAUCCUCUGCGGUUAAUUCAGGCUGGUCCUUUAUGCGAUUCUUUCUUUUCAAAACUGAUCCCAAUCUGGAACAAAAUCUGCUCUAAAUUCAACGUCUCUGUUCCUCCUAAAAUUUUCAAAUCUAAUCUGGACAACAUCCCCGACAAUGAGUUAUUCAUCAGCAUCCCUAGACGGCUACUAUGAUCUCAAAAAUCUCAAUAUGCAUAUACGUGUAUUUUAUCAACUGUGAUAUCUAUUGUAUUCCCUAUCCGGUGAAGUCACUCGUGAGGGUGACCUAAAACCGGUUCUUAACUUAUUUAUUCUUUUCACUUUGUGGAUGAGUAAAUUAUUAUUAUUAAGGGAAUUACGAACACAAUAGUACUUGUCUUAUGAAGACUUACUUUCUAUGAAAAUUCAAGAUUCCGUUUUUUUAUUUCUUUUUACAGUCACCUUUUGAGGUUCAAAAAAAAACCAACUUUUUUUUUUCAAAAAAGUAUUUAAGGUGCCGAUCGUGACGAUUGCCCCACAAGGAGGUGGAGCUCAAGUCAACGUCGCGACAAGCGGAUACCAGAAAUGA